AUGAACGUCCACCAAGUCCUUACGGGGGCUUUAAACUCAAAUAGCUGUUCAUUUUCAGUCGGAUCGGUGGAAGGAAACAAGUUUAUUGUAAGUUUUGUGUAUAAUAUUCUUGAAUUGAUUUUUAGGUAUGUGGAGUUGGAGUUAAAGUUGUUAUAUUGACCUCUAACUUCACACGUAUUCAAGUAAUCAACUGCAACCAAAGCGAUUGUUUAGUCAGGGCUUUAAAUUGUUGUUCAGAUACUGGAAAGGUAAGUUUCUUGUUAUUUUAUAUCUUAUGUUUAGAUUGCUGUUGCUUAUGGAUCGAAAGUGAGAAUCUUUGAACCUACUUCAACCACAGAUGGAAAGGUAAUACUGUGUUUUUAUUUGUUGUAGAAGUUAAAAUAUUUUUUAAUAUUAUCUAGUGAUGUCGAUAUUCCUAUUUUUCUAUUAAAUUUUAGAUAUUCCCUUACACUUGGGCCGAAACUCAAAGUAUACAAACAGAUAAGCCGGUAAAUUACCUGGAAUGGGUGCUGGAAGGUCUUAGACUGCUUGUACAAUGUGACAAAACUUUAUUUUUGUAUCAACACAAGUUGCUGUCAACUGUUGUAAACUUAAGUACAGCUUCUAAACAUGUUGCGUUCUCCAUUAACGAUGACUUUGUGAGUUUUUAAAUAUUGUUUGUAAUUUCAAUAAUUUACUUUGUAAAAUUUAUAAAUUAAAAUGUUAUUUACAGAGCUCUGCACAUGUUGAAGAACAUUGGGAAAGGUUGUGGUCGACUGAGCUGUCGUCCAAACCCAAAUAUGUCAAGUUUUCUUCUGAUUCCACGAUAUUUGCAACUUGUGGAGAAAACGAUAGAUUUGUCAAAAUAUGGUACCCGAAUGAACGUAAGGAAUAGUUCUUUUUAUCGUAUACGAUUGCAGAUACCCAAAGAAGCGGCCAAUGCGAGUUCUCUUACAUCUAUCUUCAACAUCCUGGCGAAGUCUACGGGUUUGAGUGGAGACGAACCGGAAAGUAUGUUCCCAGAAAGUGUGUCAGCAAUGUCCUGAUUACAUGGUGUUCGGAUAACACAUCUCGUAUUUGGAAACAGAUUCCAAGCACCAACGAUACCGUAGAACAACUCUUGACAGCAGUGCAAGCUGUACAACAAGACAAACCAUCAAGGAAGAAGGCCGCAGCUAAACAUAACAACACACUGAAGAAGGCACGGACACGGCUGAUAUCUAAAAUCAACAAGAUGAUGUAUGUGUUUAAUAGUAAAGCAGCUUAUAUGAGUUUAGGCAUAAUAAGAACCAGUCGCCCACGAUUCCUCGUGUCAAGUUCUCUAUGAUCAACAGGAACGCCACCUUUGCUGACUUUGCCAACCCUGUUCACUCUCACAAUGUUAGCUUCAGUUUGGCUACAACAAUUAAUGCUGAAAAUGGUAUGCUUUUAGUUUGUGAUUCUAUUUAGUUGAUAGUCUAUUAUCGUUUAUUUCCAAAAUUUUUGCGGACAUUAUACCUUCAACGUUGUAUCACGUUUUCAGACUGCUUCCUGGUUCCGUCGAUGGACGGUCGAGACACUCAACGUUCUUCUGCCUUUGCCGUCCAUUGGUUGAAUAACAAAGAGAUGCUGUUUACUCAUGGCGCUGAGAAGAUCCUGGCUGAAGCCAUCUUUAGAGAAAGUUCAGAUUCUGGUCAACGUUCUGGCACGGCUUCUGAGAUGACGUCGCCAGUAGCCAGUCACGAAGGAACUCCUGGACUUCCAGACAACAUUUCAUUAACACAUCAGCCAGAAGGAUCUAUUGGUACGGUGUCAAAUGGUUCUACAGCGUUGUCAACAGAGCUCGAUGCUGCCAAAGAUGUCCUCGAUGUGAAGAUCGAAGGUUUGAUUCAACAAUGGAACAAGUCUACUGACAUUCUGUUUGCCGUGCAUCCGAUUGAUGGAAGUUUAUUGACGUGGUAGGUUAUGUUUUAUAGAGUAUACGUUACUUUCCUUAGUUGACUUUUAAUGUUAUAUAUUUGUAGGAUGGUGGAAGGUCUUGACGAUGAAUGGCGACAGUCGGUUGUCAGUUUUGCCAGUAGGUCCCCCAGUGCAUUCCCAUUGACAGAUGCGGCUUCCCUCAACCUUGGGUUAUGUGUCUUCAGUCCUCACGAAGCCAACUUCACAGAUUUUCAUCGACAUUCUGCAGAGUCUUUCAGCGGUGAGUUGUUAUAACUUAACCUUUAACUCUACUUGUAAUGUCAAUAUAUUUCGUUUGACAUUAUCACUUUGAAAGUUAAAAUCUUGUUUCAGAUGCAUUCCAGUCCGUCAGUCUUUUGACUAGUCAUAAAAACGGUUCUCUGAACCUGUGGCAGCUGUGUAUGGAAGACAACAAAUUGUACAACAACAUUGUCAAUGUCAUUCACCGCUACCGUAUGUGUGGACAUCGCUUCAGAACCAAGAACGUCUCUCCCCACCCAAUUCUCCCUCUUCUCCUGACUUCGAGUUCACUUCCAGCUCUCGACUCAAGCCCUGGAGAGUCUGAGUUGAUACUGUGGAAGGUGAAUCACGUUGGCCCCUUAUGUCAGUCAGGUGGAAUUAGAGAACUGUCUAGGAUAACCACGGUAAAAGAAUUUGCUUUCAAAUGUUUGUCAUGGGUACCUGCUAUCAUACCUAGUUUUGCCAAUGGUACGGUGUUCAACUCUCCCAGCUCGUGUUUCAUAACUUCUCGGAACGACCAACUGAGUUUGUAUCAAGCUGUUCUGGAUGCCAGAGGGCUUCUGAACGAGUUAUUCUGUGGCAGUCGGCCUGCUUCUCAAGCCAGUUCUGUCAGUUCUGAUGAUGAAUAUGAAGCUCCGACGAAACAACAUGUUAAGUUGGACGAGAUGUUCACCGUUGUCUCUACUCAGUCUACUGGAAAGCCUGGUUGUAUGAUAUAUUUGGGAGACCUGGAGGACAGUAAUGUAGGCUCAGACGAGAUACUUCUGCUACACGUCUUCAACGAAGAUCUGCUUUCUGAUUUUGAUACAGAUAAACGUGAAGAUUCAGCUCUCAAGUUCUUUAUCAUCUUGCUACAAAGGGACAGAUCAGGGAAAAUUAAGAUGAAGAUGUGGUCGCUACUGAUCUUGAUCGAGAAGCCAGUUCCUAUCAAUUUGUGUGACGGUAAGUUACGUCUGUUAAUGUUGUUUAUACCUUAAUUGAUAUCAAAGAGUUGUUUGUGUAAUUUUUCACAGAAUUUUCAGAAGAUAAAAGGUUCCGUCGUUUCUCUGUCGGUGGUCCAGAAUUCUUGGCUACAGCUGCCGACGUCACUCCAACGGCUGCCCAACUCACCGUGAAAACUAAGAAAGUGUACGAUGACUUCUUGUCGAUCCCUUCAGGUGUGACCGUAAAUGAGGUUGUCACUUGUGCCGGCCAUCUACCGUCUUCAAGUGUGUAUCCAGCCUGUAGAACACCGUACCUGAUUCUUCUAUCGUGUUCCGACAACAAAGUCAGAUUCUUAAGAUGUACUCAAAACAAGGGAAGUGAGAACUCGAUCAACCACAGAUGGGAGGCGUGGGGAAUGAUCAAUGGAGCCACUGACUCUUCGUUGUCUAUUCACGGUAAAUUUCAUAAAUUUAAAAUUUUGUUAUUUUUUAAAUAUUCAAAUUAAAAAUUAACUAAACUUAACUUACAGGUGACGUUUGUUGCAUGACCUCAGCCCACUCUGGUCGAUUUGCUUGUGUAUACAAACCGUUUUCAUCUAGCACACCUAUUGACAUGCUUUCGUAUUUCAAGGACAUUCAUAUAGCUAUCUACGAGUGUGAAACUUCAGGAGGUGUAGAAUGGCUUCAGGAGAAGAACGUCAGACUGGAAUCCACAUUGUCGGCCGAAAGAAAACUCUUGGAUACGAAGAUUUGGUGUAAUGACGAAAUUGAUUUGGAUGAAGCUAAAAGUAAGGUGUCGUUACGUUUUAUUUGUAAUUCCUAAGACUUUUUGAUACAAAAAUAAAAGCUGCCGUAUUUAACAUAAUAUUCAACUUGCAGACCUGGUCCGAGUAGACUGGGCCAGCAAAGAAGAUGGCGGCCACAUUCUGACAGUCGGAGUAGGCAACUUGAUAUUCUUCUUCGCUCAAGCUUCACUGAACAAAGCACAACAGAAUGUAGCCGUCAUGCAAGAAGAAUCUCGGCCUCAACUUCGUCGUGACUCUUCCUUAGCUUCCAACGUAAUGCCAGCAAAAAGUGGACUAAGUGAAUGGAUUUGCAUCCGAUAUAUUGCACUGGAAUCUGUAGACGGACUAGCUCCGCUGCCGACGCUGAUGUCAUGGCUGCGAGAUGGAUUGUUUGUUGUUGGAAUGCCCAGUGAAAUAAGAGUCUACAGCCAGUGGAAUAUGGUGCCGUUGAAGUCGGCUCCUCAGCACAAUACUCUGGAACCCAUGAAGAAUGGAGCGGCCACUAAAACUGUAAAGAUCCUCGGAAUCCGACCUGUUGCAUCAGUAUCAAAUUUGAGUGCCAGCCAAUCCCAUCUGAUGUUGGAUCAGCUGAUGAAGAAGACCAAGGUAGAUUCACAUAUUCUAAACAAAAACGAUCAGCCAAAGACUCUGAACUCGCUUCAGUACGUCGACACAUUAAUUGAUGAAGGUAUCUUCGAAGCAGCCAGACUUUCCAAUCCAAUGCUACCACAAUAUCAUCCAAAGCAAUUGAUUGAGAUGUUAAAUGCCGGAAAGACAAAACGAGUCAAAGCUAUUCUCCUCCACGUUCUAAAGGCCUUGAAGCAGUAUCAGAUGAUCAACAAGACCAAGCUAGCUCGAGGCGCUUCUAUUAGAUUUAAUACGAGCAAAGAUGGAGAAGGUAACACGAAGAAUGACCUCACCAAGCAGAAGUCAGUAAACGUGAUUGACGACGAGGAGAUGGAGUACGAAGAACUGGAAAGUAUCGCGCCUUUACCCUUGUAUGCUUUGUUGGAGAUGGACGAGAAGAUCGACGGAGACGAGAAGGCGGCCAACAUUGACGGCACUAAAGAUGUAUAUGAUACGUUGUUCAACGGCGAAGAAUCAGAUGAAGACCUUGACGACGUUCUCGAAAGUAUUCAGAAGACUGAAACAAGGUCGCGAUCUUCAAGGUCAAGACAUUCUUCUACGUGCAGUGACGGGAAAGUAGCACAAAAUUCGUUCACAUCACGGCACAGCCGCGCAUUGACAGAGAUGUUGACCCAUACCCAUCUACCUGGGUUGUCAAGUGUAGACCAGAUGCAUCUGCUUGCUGUAGCCGACACUCUGAGUCAGUUCUCACCUAGUGUCAUGGACAAGUUGGUACAAGUUAACGCCCCAUUGAAGCCGGAACAGAAGUCAAGUCUGAUUGACACAGCUGCUUCUGGAUAUGCAAGUUCAAGUACAGGGAUCGAGACUGUCGAUGAAUGUGGACUUCGGUUUCUGAUGGCCAUGAAACAACACGACUACCUUCUACUGUGCUUGCCUAGAGGUCAAAGACAAAAACUGCGUGUACAGUAAGCUGGAUUUUAUCUUUACUUAGUUUUCAUUAUAUGUUUGCACAAUAUAUGUCUAACAGUAUGUAAUUUUCUGUUUUUAGGGGUAUGCCGAUUUCUCAAGUAAUUUGGGCGUUCCAUUCUGAUGCCGAGAAUGAACUCUUGAGUACUAUACCUUGUUACCAGAAAGGUCAGGAGACGUGGGAUGGAUUGAGAAGUUAUGGAGUAGCAUGGUGGCUCAAGAACAACACCACAUUGAGACUAAUCAUGGAGAAGGUAGCUAAAGCAGCCUUCCAAGCCCAACAAGAACCUAUGGAUGCGGCUUUGUUUUACUUGGCCAUGAGGAAGAAGAACGUCCUUACUCACUUGUUCAAAGUAAGUUAUAAAAUUUACCAAAAUGCGUUUUAUAUGUACAAUCAUGUGUCCUUUUAGACUGUCGGUGAUCAACGGAUGCACGACUUCUUCCGAGAAGACUUCUCCCAACAAAAGUGGAAGAAGGCAGCUCUCAAGAAUGCAUUUGUCCUGAUGAGUAAACAGAGGUAUCAGAAUGCGGCCGCUUUCUUCCUACUCGGUGACUCUUUGAACGAUGCAAUUGAAGUAAGUGACCUUAUCAGUCAAGUAUGCAUUUAAACUAAUCUCAUGCUAAAAGGUAAUCUUUUUAGACAAUUUUGUCAAGACUCAAAGAUCUUCAGCUAGCCAUGGUCGUAGUCCGACUAUACGAGACUGACCAAGAUAAACAAGCACAGCUCAUGGAGAACAUGUUGUGCAAGAACAUCUUCAGACUGAAUCCAUCAGAACUACACGAACUAAGCAAGAAAGACAUGUCUCAAGCCAUCAGUCGCUUUCCCAAAGCAGAAACAGAUCCAUUCGAACGUUCCAUGGCCUUGUGGAUGAUCAAGGAGUACGCUCUGGCAGCAGCUGUACUUGUAGAAGAAGCGGCACAAGGGUCGGUCACGGAGAGCGAGACCUCACUGUCUGACAUCUUCAACUUCUACACUUUCUUGAGACGGAAUCCGUUGGUUAUCAGACAGAGAAUCACGAAUGCAGGAGUCCAAGUAGCUACAACAGAGAAGUUCCUAGCCUUCUCACGGCAUCUGGAGAACCGAGUCACUACUCACGAACGCCGCCUUUACUUCCGUACUGCUGCUUUACAUUUAGCUUCUGGCUGUCCUUUGUUGGCAUUAGAUGUUCUGUCUGUUUUACCUCGCAGGAUAAUAUAUAAUGUCAGUUCAUUAGGUAAAGAGAUUGGAACAGAUACUACAAUAUCAGAAGAACCAAAAGUGGAUGAAAAGAAUACCGUCGACGCCCUGGAUUGGUCAGCACCAACAAACGUUGUCAAAGAUGACGAACUGGAGCUGGAUUGGGGUGACGAUGAAGCGGAAGAGGAGGUUGAUGACUUCAAAGAAGAAGUUACACCUACAGAAUCAGAAGGAAAACCAGCCAUCGACGAUCAGAUUGCUCAAUUUGGCAAGGAUACUGACGGUAACGCUACUGAUUCCUUGGACUUUAUUGCGCAACACAUGAAGUUUGUGGCUGCUUUGAAGAUGAUGGCGGACGAACUGUCUACGUUGGCAUCUGGAGCUGAAGUUGACGGUGGAGAGUUGAGACACGAGAUGAUGAACUGGCUAGCCAAAGAAUGCUCGAUCCUCAAAGAUGUUUGCGACUACUCUGUUGACUCGAAUAUAGAUGAAGAUAACCCGUUUGUGGAUACUGUAACAAGAAGAAAGUGGCUUCUGUCUAAUCAGAAGUUGAUAAGAACCUUCACAUCUUACUGUAUCCUACACAGUGCCCAGAAUCAUCGUCUCACUUCAGUACUAAUGGAGCUGAUCCUUCUGUUGUUAGAAGUUCAACAGGAAACCAAUGGGUAUUCUCAAUUGGAAGUGGUCCAGACUAAGGCUUUUCCUCUCUUCAACGCGUCUAUUUCAGCGUGCAGGAUGUUCGUAUCUUCACCAUUAAACUUCCUGGAAGAUCAGUGCACCGACCUGUUGUCAACCAUCUCCAAACUCCGAAGACCUCCACCCUUUAGUACUCCUUUCAGUAUGAUCAGAAAGAUCUACAACUUGUGCCAAGGACUGUCAUCAUGUUUAUACCAGUCUUUGUCGUCGGCCGAUGACUUUGAGUAGGUUUUAUUAUAGAGUGUCACAUGUUUAUUAGUAGUUAAAAUAAGUUGAUAUGAAUCAUCUUUCAUAUCAUUGUAGAAAGCAUUACCAAGCCUACGAAGACCUGAAAGUGCAAACCACCCCCAACUCCUGGCCGGGUGUGGAUUCCUUAGUGGCCUUGUUGUCGGCCGGGAAGGACGAAGAAGCACCUAACCUGCGACUACUGCUUGUCAAGGUGUUCUUCUCGGUAUCUACAUCACUGUUCUGUUACGCCAUGGCUAAUUACGACCCACGAUGGCUGUACCGCUUGUGUAUAAAAGAGGUGGAUUCGGUGGCUUAUGGAUACAUUUUUGGAGGUGGCGGUGAGAAGAUUGUGCCAUGCUCCACCCAACCGCCAGCUCGACCACCACGUAAGUUAACACAAGAUUAGUAACAGUAAUUAUUACUUUAAACUUGUUUACUCACUAAAACGCCUGUAAUCUGUGACGUUCCAAUCUUGUUUUAGGUACAUAAAAUCUGUUUUCAGCACCACCACGCCCACCUCAACCUGGAUCCGCGGAAAAGGCUAGGACAUCAUUCCAUGCCAAGGUUUUAGGUGUCAAUGAAGUUACAAAACAACCAAUGACGAAACAAGUUCUGUCAUGCUGGGUUCCGCCAAAGAAAAGUCUUGUCCAGUUCUUCGCCGAAAAGGUAUCAAUUGAUAAUAUAAACCAAUAAUUAAGUUGCGGCAACUAUAUAAUACUCCACUUUGUAGGUAGCGCCAGAUCCAAAAGCCCCAAAUGAGGUGGUUUUUGAUUCAGACCAAUCAGAGUCUGAUUUGUCUGACGACGAAGAUCAGUUUGACAUUAACCUAGAAGUAAUGACAAGACCGCACAAAGACCCCAACAGUUACGCCUGGCUUCUGAUCAGAUUCUCGUGUGUUCUACAGCAGAUCGAGAGACUUAAGAACUUCCUACAAGUGGCUGGAUUCGAAAUACAAGGUAUAAUAAUUGAUAACUUAUAAAACACGCCGAAAGUAACUGUGUUCUCUAAAGUUAUCCUGAUUGUUUCAGAACUUGUCCGACUGUCACCACAGAUCAACAAUGUCCUCAAACUGUACACCAGGUGGAGCAACCAGCUUCAAACACAGAUUCAGAACUACCCAGAUGGAUGUCCGUUGGCUUUCCUGCCUAACAUGUAUAUAUUGGACGAGAACACCCCUCUUACCGUCAGUUCUACCCUCACAGACUCAUCGUCUCUUCUAAAGAAGUACAAGUCAUUGGUUGAGUCCAACAACACUCCAUUUGAAUACUCUGGCAAAGGCGUUUUGGCUGUGAAACGGUUAUGGUCGUAUCUCGUACGACAAGAAAACUUGUCUUCCCACUUUGUGCGCUACAUUUACUCUGGAGCAUAUCAUGUGGUAAGCCACUUCUUUAUUAAUAUAUUAUACGACAAUAUUAAAUUUGACUUCCCUAAAGGAGCAACUAAAAUCGUACAAUUUCUUGUUGAGUACAAUAACAUAAUACAAUAACCUUACAGAGUGGCAAGGAAAAGAUCACGCUAGGUUCGAUAACAACAAACAGUCAGAACGGAAAAGAGUACAACGAACCCAUCAGACUGAUGCAGCGAGAAAGGGAAGCCAUCGUGACCUUCUCCUGCUGCAAUGUCAGACCUGGCCAUAUUGUUGUAGCCACUAACCGAGAAGUCCAAGAACUUAACAUUGACCGAGUUUUGUGUGAGAAGGAGAACAACCACGAAAUAAACUCACUGGGGAACUUCUUGAACAACAGAGUAGACCUUGAUAUUGCUUUAGGUGAGACUCCUCAAGACCGGUUGAAAGAUAAUGACGACUAUCAGCUGAUGGGAUCCAACAAGGCCACGAUGAGCAGCAGUUCAUUUGUAAGUUGAACAUCUUUUAAGGCAUUAACUCACCUGUUAAUUAAUCUCUUCAGCUGACGCCAUUUAUUAUCGAUCGCAGUCGCGUAGCACUCAAAAAGGUAGCAGUGUUGUGUCGUGCUGAAUGUUGUGGUCGAUAAAAUCUGAAAAAGCAGUUAUUAAAACUAAAACAAUAUUAAUUUCAGUUGAAAAAGAGGAACCUACCUGGUGUUCGAAGAAUUGAAUCUCAUCCGUCGUUCCCUUACUGUAAGUUCUGCCCCAAAAAAGUGGAGACGAAGUUUUGUCGAUUGAAAAUUUUUUUGACAUUUCGUAGCAAUUUGAUCUGUGACUUUCCGUUUAUGGCAUAUUGGAAUCGAGUUCAUUAUAAAAUAUAGAUUUUUUGAGAUUUGUAAAAUUUGAUAGAAAAAAUGACGAAAUUUACAUCUUCAGAUGUGACCGGAGCAUCAGAUGGCUCGAUCUACAUGUGGGAAUGGAACGUUGAUCAGCCCAUCUUCACGGCCAGACAAGCGGCCCAAUUCGCAAAAGUAACCAAACUGUCGUUUGCUCAAAAUGGAAACAAGUUCGCUUCUGUCGACGGUGAUGGUCAUCUGUGCAUCUGGCAAGCUACCCAACAAACUUCGUCUAAAAAACCUUUCUUCGUAGGUUUUGGAAUUAUUUUUGAGGUGUUGUGGUAUUGUUUUAUGAUAAUAUUGUUAACAAAAUUGUUGAACAUUAUUUAAAAACCGUUUUUAAUUAAUGAUUUUAAUGUGUACCGCUUCUUCAUACCAAUAUUUUAUUUAGAAUCAAAAAUGUCACACCAAGUCCGCUUCUGAUGUCAAGUUUCUUGGACAAACCAGCUCUGUGCUCGUGACAGCUGGCCAGAGUCAAGGCGACAUGAACAUUGCCUUAUGGGACACGUUACUACCGAACGGAAGAAAUAUGGUAUAUGCUUUUAAUGGGCAUUUGGACGGAGCCACGUGUGUUUCUUACUUCUCAAGCUCCCAGGUAAUAUCUCUUGUUGGUGACAACCUUCUGUUUAGACUAUUGUUUCUGGAGGCAGGCACGGUGAAAUAUGUUUAUGGGAUCUACGACAACGUCAGCUACGAGCUACGGUAAAAGCGUUUGACUCAGCUGGGGUUAGGUCGAUGUAUUCUGACAACAACAGUAACAUUCUGUUGACAGGAUCUUCCGAAGGCGAUAUUAAGGUAGGUGGUUUUUUCUGAAAGUCAUGUUAAAGUAGGCUGCUAAGUUCAUUUUGUAAUUUAAAACUUUGCUAACUACUUGAUUUGUAAAGAUCUGGGACAUCAACUCAGUCCCUCAACUUCUGCAUACGCUGAGUGGAGAACACACGAUGAAGGGCGGCUUCAGCCUUCGUCAAGUCGGUUCUUCGACAGUUCAAGGCACUCAGCAACUCUACUUUGACUCCGACUUGAGACUCUUCUCUUGCGGAGCCGACUGUUCACUUAAGAUUAGGACAUUACCUAAUUUCUAA